AUGGCGGUCAAACUUGAGAAAUGUUUUAAAGCUACAUUUCUUCUAGUAAUUGCUCUUGUUAUAGGUCAUAUCUCUGCUACUGCUGCUGUUUCAUCCUCUACAAAGGGUAAGUUCAGGAAUAACCUUGGUGAUCAAGUCCGUUCGACCCAAGAUGGAGGGUGGGAAUACCAUUUUGGGAGCGGCUCAGCCCCAGAAGGAAGUUGGACUUAUGAUUGGGGCACGGGUUCGGGGCCUGAUGGAAGCAAUUUUGGAUAUGGGUCGGGUUAUGGAGGAACCCUUGGUGGUUGUGGUUGUUUUGGGUUUGGUUAUGGUGGUAGAGGCCCCGGGUCUUAUGGUUUCGGUUAUGCAUUUGGUGAAGGUGAUGAUGGUGUUUGA